GCAUGGAGAAGACCCGGCAGGAUGAGAUCGCAGCCAUUCUGCGGGAGAGGAUCAUGGUGCUGGAUGGAGGGAUGGGCACCAUGGUCCAGAGACUCAGGCUGCGUGAGGAAGACUUCCGGGGUGAGGAAUUCAAAGACCACGCCAGGCCACUGAAAGGCAACAACGACAUUUUAAGUAUAACGCGGCCUGAUGUGAUCUACCAAAUCCAUAAGGACUACUUGCUGGCCGGGGCCGACAUCAUUGAAACAAACACGUUCAGCAGCACUGGCAUUGCCCAAGCUGACUACGGCCUGGAGCACCUGGUCUACAGGAUGAACAAGAGCGCUGCAGAAGUGGCCAGAAAAGCAGCCGAGGAGGUAACGCGCCAGACAGGAAUUAGGAGGUUUGUGGCCGGAGCUCUGGGUCCAACUAACAAGACGCUGUCCGUGUCCCCGUCCGUGGAAAGGCCGGAUUUCAGGAACAUCACGUUCGACACGCUUGUCGAGGCCUACAAAGAGCAGGCCAGAGGCCUCCUGGACGGCGGGGUUGAUGUCGUCCUUGUGGAGACCGUCUUUGAUACGGCCAACGCCAAGGCAGCUUUGUUCGCGCUCCAGGACCUCUUUGACGAGGAGUAUGCGCCCCGGCCUCUCUUCGUCUCAGGGACCGUCGUGGACAGGAGUGGGCGGACGCUCUCCGGACAGACGGGAGAAGCGUUCGUCAUCAGCGUGUCCCACGCGGCCCCCCUCUGCAUUGGGUUAAACUGCGCUCUGGGGGCUGCUGAGAUGAGACCGUUCAUCGAAGCAGUCGGAAAGUGCACGACAGCCUGCGUCCUCUGCUACCCCAACGCAGGUCUCCCCAACACCUUCGGCGACUACGACGAGACCCCGCACGUGAUGGCUGCGCACCUCAAGGCCUUUGCUGUGGCUGGCUUGGUCAACGUCGUGGGCGGCUGCUGCGGCACGACACCGGCUCAUAUCCGGGAGAUCGCCGAUGCCGUGAGGGGCUGUAAGCCAAGGAGCCCGCCGGCCGCUGUCUUUGAAGGGCACACGUCGCUGGCCGGUCUCGAGCCCUUCAGGAUGGGGCCGUACACCAACUUUGUCAACAUCGGCGAGCGUUGUAACGUGGCGGGCUCCAGGAAGUUCGCCAUGCUCAUCAUGGCGGGCAACUACGAGGAAGCCCUGAGUGUGGCCAGAGUGCAGGUGGAAAUGGGGGCCCAAGUGCUGGAUAUCAACAUGGACGACGGUCUGCUCGACGGCCCGAGCGCCAUGGCCAAGUUCUGCAACUUCAUCGCAUCCGAGCCGGCCAUCGCCAAGGUGCCUUUGUGCAUCGACUCCUCCAGCUUCGCGGUGAUCGAAGCCGGCCUGAAGUGCUGCCAGGGGAAGUGCAUCGUCAACAGCAUCAGUCUGAAGGAGGGCGAGCGUGACUUCCUGGAGAAGGCCCGGAAGGUCAAGAAGUUCGGAGCGGCCGUGGUGGUCAUGGCUUUUGAUGAAGAUGGACAGGCGACAGAAACGGACGCCAAAGUCAGAGUGUGCACCCGGGCUUACCGUCUGCUGGUGGAGAAGGUGGGCUUCGACCCAAGCGACAUCAUCUUUGACCCGAAUAUCCUCACUAUCGGCACUGGGAUGGAGGAGCACAGCUUGUACGCCGUUAACUUCAUGCACGCAGCCAAAGCCAUUAAGGAGACAUUACCUGGGGCCAGAGUAAGUGGCGGCCUCUCCAACUUGUCCUUCUCCUUCCGGGGUAUGGAGGCCAUCCGCGAAGCGAUGCACGGCGUCUUCCUUUACCAUGCCAUCAAGUUCGGCAUGGACAUGGGGAUUGUGAACGCCGGGAACCUCCCCGUCUAUGAUGACAUCCAGAAGGAGCUCCUGGGGCUCUGUGAGGACCUCAUCUGGAACAAAGACCCAGACGCCACCGAGAAGCUGCUGCGUUUCGCUCAGACGCGUGACAAGGGCGGGAAGAAGGUGUCCCAGACGGAGGAGUGGAGGGCUGGCUCCGUGGAGGAGCGCCUGGAGCACGCCCUCGUCAAGGGCAUUGAGAAGCAUAUCGUUGAGGAUACUGAGGAGGCCCGGUUAAACCGUGCAAAAUAUCCCCGACCGCUCAAUAUCAUCGAAGGGCCUUUGAUGAAUGGAAUGAAGAUUGUCGGUGAUCUUUUUGGAGCUGGAAAAAUGUUUCUCCCACAGGUCAUCAAGUCCGCCCGGGUCAUGAAGAAGGCUGUCGGCCACCUCAUUCCCUUCAUGGAGAGAGAAAGAGAAGAAACCAGAGUGCUCGCUGGGACGCAGGAAGAGCAGGACCCGUACCAGGGCACCAUCGUGCUGGCCACCGUCAAGGGCGACGUGCACGACAUCGGCAAGAACAUCGUGGGCGUGGUCCUGGGCUGCAACAACUUCCGAGUUAUCGACCUGGGGGUCAUGGCUCCCUGUGAUAAGAUACUGAGAGCUGCCCUGGACCACAAAGCAGACAUAAUUGGCCUGUCAGGACUCAUCACUCCUUCCCUGGAUGAAAUGAUUUUCGUUGCCAAGGAGAUGGAGAGGCUGUCCAUAAAGAUUCCCUUGCUGAUAGGCGGGGCCACCACUUCCAGAACCCACACUGCAGUCAAAAUCGCCCCGAGGUACAGCGCGCCCGUGGUCCACGUCCUGGACGCGUCCAAGAGCGUGGUGGUGUGCUCUCAGCUGCUGGAUGAGAACUUAAAGGAUGACUACUUUGAGGAGCUCACGGAAGAAUACGAAGAGCUCAGACACGACCAUUAUGAGUCCCUCAAGGAGAGAAGAUACGUGACCUUAAGUCAAGCCAGGAAAAACGGUUUCCACAUUGACUGGCUGUCCGAGCCCCGCCCAGCGAAGCCCACGUUCCUGGGGACUCGGGUCUUCGAGGACUAUGACCUGCAGGCGCUGGUGGGCUACAUCGACUGGAAGCCAUUCUUCGACGUGUGGCAGCUCCGGGGCAGGUACCCGAACCGAGGCUUCCCCAAGAUACUUGAUGACAGAACUGUGGGUGAGGAGGCCCGAAGAGUCUACGAGGACGCCCAGACUAUGCUCAAAGCGCUCACUGGGCAGAGGAAGCUGCAGGCGCGGGGCGUGGUGGGCUUCUGGCCGGCGCAGAGCGUCCAGGACGACGUGCACCUGUUCGCCGCGGGCGCUGCGCCCGGUGCCUCAGAACCCAUCGCCGUCUUCCACGGCCUCAGGCAGCAGGCCGAGAAGGACCCCGCCAAUCCCGACCCCCACUACUGCCUGUCGGACUUCGUGGCGCCCCUGCACUCCGGCGUGGCCGACUACCUGGGCCUGUUUGCCGUCGCCUGCUUUGGGGUGGAGGAGCUGAGCCGCGCCUAUGUGGAGGCCGGCGACGACUACAGCAGCAUCAUGGUCAAGGCCCUGGGGGACCGGCUGGCCGAGGCCUUCGCAGAGGAGCUGCAUGCCCGCGUGCGCCGGGAGCUGUGGGCCUACAGCGACGAGCGGCUGGGCACGGCCGACCUGCUCCGGCAGCGCUACCCGGGCAUUCGGCCCGCGCCCGGCUACCCCAGCCAGCCGGACCACACCGAGAAGCUCACCAUGUGGCGCCUGGCCAGCAUCGAGCACCACACAGGCAUCGGGCUGACAGAGUCCCUGGCGAUGACGCCUGCUUCCGCAGUGUCCGGCCUCUACUUCUCCAACCCGAAGUCCAAGUACUUUGCUGUGGGGAAGAUUUGCAAGGACCAGGUGGAGGACUAUGCUGCGAGGAAGCGCAUGUCUGUGGCCGAGGUGGAGCGGUGGCUGAGGCCUGUCCUGGGCUACGACGCCGACUAGCUCUUCACGCAGCCAGCGCCACACACGAUGGCUCCCCCAGGUGCCUUCGCGGGGCAGCCAGCCCCGGCUUCCAGCACCGCGAGCGGCUGCGCCCCAGGGCAGGUCUCCCCAGCUCCUGGACAGCGAGCAGCUGCUUCUAGGGCAGCGAAUGUUGCGCAGCGAGGACCUGCAGACCCAGCAUCUCUUCGCGAGGGCGUGGUGGGGAUAGAGGCCGUUCGCAUUUCAGAGCAGAUGUGCCUGCCUCCCCGUUUGCCCUGGUGGGGGCUGCUUGCUCCUGUUGCCUCUCACACUCCUGCAGCGCCCCUGAGUAGAGAGAUGUGGCCCUGGCACAGUGAUGUCCUGAUAAUGGGCCUUUGAUCUGGGGGGCCCGGCAGGGCCCUGAGCGGGCCCAAGGUGAGACGGCGCCCCGCGGCCCCGCGCUCCAGACCCGAGAGCGGCCGCCCGUCCCCGUGCAAAGACGGCCCUGGCCCCGCUUGCUGCAAACCUCAAGCCACGCACCUGGCGUGGCCAAAUACAGCCCUGCUGUCCAAGUGCC